ACGGAGAAUAAACCGCUCAAUCCCAAGGUCCGCGAAGUAAUCAUCAGCUGUUAUGGAUGAGAAGUAUGAUGUUAUAGUUCUUGGGACGGGUUUAAAAGAAUGCAUACUCAGCAGUUUGAUGUCAAUGGAAGGGAAGAAAGUACUCCAUGUCGACAGGAACAGUUAUUAUGGCGGUGAUACCACAUCUAUAACACCUAUUGAUUUGUUAUUUGAAAAGUUCAAAAUCAAAGGUGACACCAGUAAAUUUCAGCGUGGUAAAGACUGGAAUGUUGAUUUGAUUUCCAAGUUUUUGAUGGCUAAUGGGAAACUGGUAAAAAUCCUUGUUCACACUGGUGUGACACGAUAUUUGGAAUUUAGAAGUGUGGAAGGCAGUUAUGUUUAUCAAGCGGGGUGUAUUCAUAAAGUCCCAUGUAACGAAAGUGAAGCUCUCACCACAAAACUUAUGGAUCUGUUUAAAAAGCGCCGAUUUAGAAAAUUCUUGGUUUGGGUAAUGAAUGUAGAUGUGACCAAACCUUCUACCUGGAAUAACAUUUAUUCUUCACCAAUGAACAUUAACGAAAACAAUAUUUCGCACGCAUUCAGUCAUUUCAAUAUUGAUGAGGAAACACAGAAUUUUAUUGGGCAUGCUAUUUGUUUGUUCCAAGAUGAUUCAUACAAGGAAAACAUGUCUGCUGCUGAGGUGAUAAGUCGUAUACAACUUUACAGUCAAUCAGUUUGUCGAUUCGGCAAAUCUCCUUAUCUUUAUCCCCUUUACGGACUGGGUGAAUUGCCUCAAGCUUUUGCUCGUCUUUGUGCCGUUUAUGGUGGUACUUACAUGCUGGAUAAACCAAUUGAUGAACUAGUAAUGGAAAAAGGAAAAGUUGUUGGAGUUAAAUCGGGUAACGAAAUUGCCCAGUGUGAUAUGGUUAUUUGUGAUCCAAGUUAUGUGCCUAAUAUGGUAAAAAAAGUUGGUCAGGUUGUACGUGCUAUCUGCAUCUUAGUACAUCCGAUCUCAGGUGUGCACAAUUCUUUGUCAACUCAGAUCAUUAUUCCUCAGAGUGAAGUUGGUCGUAAACAUGAUAUCUACAUUUCUUGUGUCUCCCAUCCACAUAAUACCUGUCCUGAAGGUUUCUUUUUGGCUCAUGUUGCAACCAUCGCCGAAACAGACGAACCAGAGAAAGAGCUUGGGCCUGGUUUGAAAGUUCUUGGAACAAUUGAGCAAGUAUUUUAUUCCACACAGGAUCUGUUUAUGCCAAUUGAUGAUGGGCGUGAAUCUAAGGUUGGUUUGCUGCUGAAAUUAAACAUUCUCCUUAUAAUCUAAUGGUGAAUAAUAAUAUAUUUCGGAUCAUACAGAUUCACGUUGGGUACUAUUUGAAAUUUGUUGCCAACCCUAUUUUUCUCUCUUACUGCAUUAUCUUUAUACAAAAUUUAGAAGUUCAUGACUGUAGUCAGAAAGCAGUCUGGCUCUUCGUUGUCUUUGUUUCUUUCGUUGAUUGUCCCAUGUCUAUAUCGUACCUUACUUUCAUUGUGAUAUGUAAUGUACUGAACAACGACUUCCUAAUAUUCAUCUAAGAUCAACCGCCAGAUCUGCCACAACUACUACAUUCAUCUAUCAAGCUAUAAUUUCGACAGCUAUAUGAAGACGCCACAUGCCAAGCGAUUCACAUUGAAAAGCAGCUCAGUGAUGCCUUUGAAGUGAAGACAGGAGUAAGACAAGGUUGCGCCUACUAUCACCCAUGAUCCUCCUGAUUGUGGUCGACUGAACUGAACUAGACUAGAUCAUGCAACAAACUGUGAAGAGCGGAAAGAUGGCGAUACUCUGAACCGAUGAAAGACCCUAGAAGAUUUGGAUUUCGCCGAUGAUGAUUUAUGUCUAAUGUCUUCUCGCACAAACUCGAAGAUCUACAGGCAAAAACCAACAAGUUGACAGAAGAGGCAGGGCAGUGUAGACGGGACUUCGUUCAGGUGAAGGUAGAGAGGACAUAGGUGAUGAAGAUACCCAGCCACCACCACCAACAACAACAAGCACCAAUCACCAUCAACAGGAGAAACCUAAAGGAAGUAGUAUCUUUCACCUACCUACCUACCUACCUACCUAGACACGCAGCAUCGUUUCAACUACAGGCCGUGGCACAGUUCACGACGUCAAAGCCAGGAUCGGAAAGACAGCAGGACACGCCUUCAUUAAUCAGAUCUACUGCACUCAGCAUAAAUCGUGAACAACAUUAUUAUUAUCAAUCAAGUAAGUCAAUGAUUCUAUGUGAUGAUGGUUGAGAGACUUGGCGCGUUACGAAAAGCAUUCCCAGUAAACUUCAGAUAUACAUCACAUUAACAGCUGCCACCUACGCUCACUCGAUACUGAAUAUCAGAUCAGAUGGCUAGAAUAGUAAGAAUAAACAACGAGGAACUCUGGGAACGAACGAACCAUGAACCUAUCGCCCAUCAAAUAUGCAGAAGAAAGUGGAGAUGCAUUGGAUUGGGCAAAAACUGAGGGUAUCGUUUGGGGACAUCACGCGCCAGUCUGGGUUCUUUAGUGGAACCCGCAUGGGAAACGACGAGUUGGGCGUCCCAGCUGAGGGUGACAUAUAUGAGACCGUGUGAGUAAGAAAUGAAAGCUUCUGUGCAUUGAUGGAGCCAGGUUGAAAAGACUGCAAAGAAGAGAGUGAAAUGGCGGCGUGCACCUGAAGCCUUUUGUCCCACUAGGAACCCAGGGGAUAAAUAACGACAAAUAAUCAAGCUGUAGUGACACACUAGGGUCUGCUGUGAACUUCGUGAAACAAUAACUGACACUCAAGUUGAUCUUUCCAAUUUAUAUGUAACAUUUUCACUAAAAUCUGGUUAUUAAAGAUCAUAUACUGUUCAAUAUUAUUGAACCAGUAGAUAAAUAGGAGUUUCUGACCAUUCAGUCUUAGAUUCUGCACGAAAACUAACUUCCAGUUGUAUAAUUCUUAUAUCUCAUCUGUUCAGUAAACUUUGGGAUCAAAAUUUGACCCAGUAGAGUUGAAUAAGUUGGACGUUGGGUAAAUGGACUGAAAAUAUAUUUCAUUUAUAAUCCUAUUUUUUGUUUUUUACUCGAUCAGCAUACUUUUUCAACUAUCAUAACAUUUGAUUUAUGGUCACUGACAGCCAUCACUAGAUUUAAUGGUACCACUAUAUACUUGAAAAAACAAACGAGAAAGCUAGAAACAAAAGUUGGAGCAGAAUAUUGAUAACGUUAUAAAAUCUGGUUGAAGAUGCAAGGACACAAUACAAGCACUUAUCGAUGAGCAAAAGUAUAAAAAACAAUUUUAUUUAAACUUUAGCAUGAAGUAAAAUUAUUGUGUUAAUUAAAGGAUAGUGGGGGCAACAUGAUUUAUAAAUAUUGACAUGAAAGUAGUUCAAAAAACCUUAGACCAGUUAUAGCGAAUUUCUUCAUGUUGCAUCAAGUUUGUUAAGAUGAAAUGUAAUCUCUACCCCCGUUUUAAACCAUCAACUAUUAGUCUUAGUGGUAUGGAGGGUGUUCAAGUCAACCAGCUGCCAUUUUUCUCAGGUUGACAGAAAUGUUUAUUUAAAGAAUUACGCAUGUAGUUACAUAUCACUCACACUGGUUUCAGAAUUCAGAUUUUUAAAUCUAUGCCCUUAAUUUUUUGCUGACUUUUGUUUUAUGACUUUUUUCCGCGAUUACUUUUCUUCAGUUGUGCUGUAUAUAUUAAAGUUGUGGCAGUAUGAGUCUGUUUGAAGUAUGAAAUGGAUUCAAUCGGUGGUUAAUUACGGUUCAUAUUAAAAUUAAGUGGUACGCUAGAAGACUAUGUCUAGAAUUUUAUGCGUAUUUCAGGUAUUUUGUAAAUGGAAACUAUUUAAAUUGGUAUAAAACAGUAAAAAUGUUAGUUGUGCAUCUCCAUGAGCUUUAUAGCUUUUUUAAAAAUUUUCCCACCAGUAUCUGACUCCAACUACUAAGUUGAAUGGUUUCAUUUCCAAACUGGAUUGUUUAGCCUACACUUUUGUAAUGAAGUUGAUGGUAUUACUCUAACAGUUAUCAUAACCCUUAUACAAUGACCUUACAUAUUGACCUUAUGUUUUUCAGGUCUUACGCUUUCAAUAGAAAAAUCAUUGUAUUUUUGAGAUGAAUGAGGAUUUUUAAUUUAGAAGUAGUAUUCAUCAUGGACUGAAAUCAGUUGGGGAACCAUUGGAAAUCUGGGAGCAACGGAUAACCAGCUGUUUUGUCCUAGUAUAGGACUCCUCAGCAGUGCGCACCCACGACCCGGCUAGGGAUCGAACUCAAGGCCUUCAGGUUUCACGGCGAACGCGUUAACCAUUCAGCCACUGGGUUGGUUUCCGGUGGUUCACAAUUUCCAACUUCUGUCAAUUCACGACAUAGCGUGACUGUCACCCAGGUUAGCAUCCACUUCACUUCCGACUGGUUGGCCCCACAGGUCGAUCCCUAGCCGGGUCGUGGGUGCGUACUACUGAGGAGUCCCAUACUAGGACGAGACAGCUUUCCAGUGCUCCCAGAAAAAUUAUUGUUUACUUUAGUUGUUUUGACCACAUUACAACUAAUUCAUUGUUUGAUAUUAUAUCAACAACACUUCAAAAUACCAUAUUGUUCAUUAUUUAUUUAAAGUUGGUUUUCAAUAACACAAAAUUAUAAGUUAGACAAGAUUCAAAAAUCUCAGUAUUUAAUAUAUGUAUUGGUUUCCUUCACCAGUUCAGUUACAGCUUACAUCUUGCUCAGUUAAGACUUUUAUGGGUCUUUAGACACCACUUUAACCAUUGAAACCAUUGGUCCUAACUGUGAUGACCUAUUGAAAAAUCUGUUCAAUUUGAUUGGAAGUUCUUUGUGCUAUAUUUUCAUUUUUUUUUACUUUUGUUUUAAAACAUUUAUUUUAGGUCUUCAUUUCAUCAAGUUAUG